AUGGGAGGACGAAGAAAGAAUCCAAAUCCUAAACGCGCGGAAAAUGCGAGGACGGUUUUGAAAAGUGAGCACGUUCCGGAAAAGAGGGGAGGAGAAGAGGAGGAAGAAGAAGAACCUGAUGAGGUGUUGCUCUGUGUGCGAAUACCUGAUGAGGACGAGGUGAACGAACAGAUGCGGAAAGAAGAGAUGACUGUGAGAAAAGGAGCGAAGAGAAAGAGAGGGCAACAACACGAGUGCGGCGUUUGCGAGAAGGUGUUUGUGAGCGCAUCUAAAUUGGCCAUACACGUGCGAAUUCACACGAACGAGAAACCGUACGAAUGCGAUGUGUGCGAGAAGUGCUUUCAUACUUCUGGUAAUUUGAAAGCCCACAUGCGUAUUCACACGAACGAGAGGUCGUUUGAAUGUGAUGUUUGCGAGAAGCGUUUUCGUGAUUCUAGUAAUUUGAAAAGGCACAAGCGUAUUCACACGAACGAGAAACCGUACGAAUGUGAUGUGUGCGAGAAGCGUUUUAGUCAAUCUGGUCAUUUGCAAUAUCACAUGCGUAUUCAUACGAACGAGAAACCGUACGAGUGUGAUGUUUGCGAGAAAGCUUUUCGUCAUUCUAGUACUUUGAAAAAGCACAUGCGUAUUCACACGAACGAGAAACCGUAUGAAUGUGAUGUGUGCGAGAAGUGCUUUCGUCAUUCUAGUACUUUGAAAGCCCACAUGCGUUUUCACACGAACGAGAAACCGUACGAAUGUGAUGUGUGCGAGAAGUGCUUUCAUACUUCUAGUAAUUUGAAAAAGCACAUGCGUAUUCAUACGAACGAGAAACCGUACGAAUGUGAUGUGUGCGAGAAGCGUUUUACUCAAUCUGGUCAUUUGAAAAGGCACGUGCGUACUCAACAUUAG